UCGGUUAGAGAGGUUAUGCUUCAUAUACAUAGAAGAGGUGUUGUAAAAUUAAAUGAGAGAUCUUUUUACUUGAUUAUUGAAUAUUUCCUGCUAUAACAUACAUACACAAUGAAGUUUACGCAAAUUUUGUUUAAACAACACUUAGACAGAAUGUUUAAAAGGAUAUGGCAUGUGAAACGAAAUCGUAAUAUUAGGAUUUUAAAUGCAGAAGAAUACUUGUCAACAUUGGGGUUUAAAGUGAAAGAUCCUUUAGAAAUAGUGAAACCAAAGCAAAUAUUUCCAAGGAUUCCACAACAUGAAUUACCUCCUCUGAAUGUUAUAUUUAAUGAGACACAUCCUGAUUGGAAAGUUAAGGCAUGUCUUACAUUUAAAGACCACAAUGUUCUGCAACAAGGACUUUCUCAAGCACAGAUAUUAACAAACACUGUGUGUUUGUCAGAGAGUUCUUCAAGUCAUAUUGCAAAUUUGCUUCCUGACCUUCCAGAAAAUAUAGAUGAUAUAGUAAAAAGGGCAGUUUAUGCUUCAAAUAUAUUUGAUGCUCAUCAAGAGAAAUUACCAAAGAGGAAAGAUCCUAAUAGACCUGCAUGGGUAUUUCCCAGAGAUUAUGGCAUAACCAAUGCACGGAAAAUGCAAAAUAUGUCUAGAAAAUUUGUACAACUUUGUGAGUCUUUAUCUGGCACAGAUAUUGCACAGAAACGAUGUGUAUUGUAUGAUGCAGUUACAAAGAUAGACUGGGAUAAGGAAUCGGAUUUGUUUCAAUUUACUUUAAGAUCUGAUGUGAUGAUCAUGUCACUAAACUCUUUGAAACCAAUUGAAAGUUCUAUCGACAACAUAAAGAUUGAUCUCCCAAAUAUCUAUCCUAUGCACCACACUGUCAGUUUUGAUGAAACAAACUUCUAUAAAAUUGGGGACAUAUAUCCUGUCAGCACAACAUCACCUUGGAUAAACAUUCAUACCAUCUUCGUGCAUUAUGAUCCAGAAGAAGUUAAAAAUUUGACGGAGUUGGCUGUGAGGGAGGAUCAGAUUUUUGGUCGUGCCAUGCUGAAGUCGUACACUGUGGCAGUAUCUUGUGCACGUCAAAGAUUCGGACUAUUCGUAAAGAAAUUGCCGGAGCCUGUCACUGUACAGUGCAUUCAUACAGAUGGAAAACACUAUCACUUUUUCAUAUAUCAACUUAAUUCAUUGGACACAAACGAUAACAGUACGAAAAAUUUCUGGUGCACUUUGCCACCUUUGAGGCUCUUUCGGCAAGCUCAGUAUGAUAACGGAAGACCGGUAAUUGAAGAUUACAAUCCGGAAGUAUUCAGGAGAAUACUCGCGUUUUAUAGGAACGGUAGUUCAAGUGACAAAGCAUGAAAAUAUCUGUCAAUUUAAAUAAAAUUAUAGACUUGCUUCUUUAUC